AUGCAGGCACCGAACAGACCAACCGGAUCUUAUGGAUAUGCCGUGCGUAAUUACGCACCAUCUUCACUGUAUCCACAGUACCCUGGAAGCCAGUGCGCAGCGUCAACGAAGCCUCCCAGUGGAAAAUCUUUCACUAUUGAUGCUUUGCUCGCCAAGCCAGAGGACACGAGCAGCGACCGGACGAGUCCUGCUCAGUGUGGAGUAAAAUACCAACCGGUAACCCCACUGCUCCCGUUCACCGGGCAGAUAGGCGUAUCGAUACCACCACCAUCUUACCUCUACUCGCCGGGUAUGCUGCAUUCAGCAGCCCACACGCAACCUGGAUAUUCUGUCUACUGCUGCCCGCCUUUCCCCUAUCAGUCAUCGUGUCGCGGAGCAUUUUACGCACAAGGUAACGAUUCUAAAGUCAGCGUCCAUUCGUUCAAAACCAAGGGCGGAAAGUCGAAGAGGAUGCGCACCAGCUUCACCAACGAGCAGCUGUCCCGGCUGGAGAAGGAGUUCGCACGCCAACAGUACAUGGUGGGAUCCGAGAGGUUCCUCCUGGCCUCCGCUCUUCAGCUGACAGAAGCUCAGGUCAAAGUCUGGUUCCAGAACCGGCGCAUCAAGUGGCGCAAGCAGAGUCUGGAGCAGCAGCAGGCCAAGCUUGCCAAACUCGGCCUGGCCGCCCCGCCGAAGAGCCCCGGUUCCCAAGGCCACGGAGAUGAAGGUGAUGAAGAUGAGUUCUCCGACUCGUCAGAUGUGGAUAUCGACGUGUCUGAUGGAUCCAUUGACCACUGUUGA